GAAUUACUUAAAUCCGGGCACCUUGACGUGGUGUCGCUGGCCGCCCAGAGCAGAGAAAUCCACGGCUGUUGCUCGGUGUGUUUGGUGCGGGAGACGACUGUUUAUUCCCAGCGUUUACUGGAUUUAAAGACUCACCAGUCAACUUCAGAGUAAAUACUUCCACUCCCUGGCUCCGUAAAUCACGGGACAAUGAAUGGUAAGUCCACGAACGGUUCUGUGGGAGGAAUGGCCUGUAUCGAGGGGCUGCCCCCGCUGCCGAAGAGCCUGAGCGGCUUGCUGAACUCAAGCGGCGGCUCCUGGAGAGAAAUGGAGAGGAUGUACGUGAAGAAGACCAUGAUCCAGGACGACCUGAGCCGAGGCAGGAACAACGCCGAUAACCUGCUGGCCAACAAGCCGGCCAACCUCGACGCUGCCCUGGCUCUGCUGCGGAAAGAGAUGGUGGGCUUACGUCAGCAGGACAUGUCCCUGCUGUGCCAGCUGUGGUCGCUCCACGAGUCGAUCCAGGAGUACAAGGGCAGCUGCCAGGACCUGAGCGCCGCCUCCAGCCUCAGCAUGAUGGAUAACGGCUACUUUGACGAGGAUGACGAGUAUUACCCAGAGCCCGGUGCCACCCCCACCGGGGAACAGCCAGACGGAGAGGUCGGAGACGGGACGGCAACAAUGGCAGCAGCCAAGAAUGGGAGCAGCAGCAGCAAAGACGACAGCUGGGACUCCUUUCACGUUACCAUCUGAGGCCUCAUUCUCGGCACUGUUCUGCAGAUGGAUACAUAUUUUUGGGGGGUAAAGCUGGAGGAAAAGCCGCGAGGCUCAGGAACCCUUUUGGAAGGAAUUAAACUGGUUGGUUAGAGAUAGCUGCUUGUGGUAUCUCAUUACCAUAAUAGACUCCAGCUUGACUUCAACUCCUCAGGUGAAACGCACCCCUGCUUGUGCUGCAGAAUUUUUGUUUUUCUUUUGCAGCACGACCAGGAGCUUCAUCAGACUGCAGAGCUGAGAGGCCGGGUGCCUAGUUGACGCCCUUUCAAACUCAGGAGUUGAGACGGAUUGUAUUCCAAGACUCCAUAUACUCAAAAUUAGGCAAUAUAUAUAAUUCCUUUUUAUAAACGGCUCUACUGCUGCUUCUAUAUCAAGUGGUUUUGCUAGCCAAUCACCCUUUUUGGCAGAACUGUUUUUUUUACAUAUACAAAAAUAUAUGAACAAAGUUGUAUUAUUUAUUAUAUAAUAUAAAUAACAAGAUAUUUGCUUUCUGGUUGCUCUCGAUGGAAGUUUUGUACUGCAACUCUACCCAGGUACAAGGGUACAGCAUUUACAGGUUUGGAAUCCCAGAAAUUGGGACUUCAAAGUAAGCACAGAGGACAGGACUUCUGAACUCUUCAAUCGGUGUUGGUGCAAAGAGACUGUGCGGGCAUGCUGACGGAGACGGUGUGUGUGUGUGUGUGUGUGUGUGUGUGUGUGUAUUACUUUUAAGUGGUGAAAUCAUUCAUUAAUGUAAAUCCCAGAAGGUCUGCACAGAAGGUGUCAGAUCUCAAGAAUGGAGAAAGAGGUGAAGUCGUCAUACCUGCUUUCAGAGUUUUGGUACAGGAGUGACGGCUACGCUUUCCUGCCUUUUUUAGAUGGAGCAGACGCUUGCUCUGAAAAUGUGAAAUGUUCCAAAUGCUGGAGACAGUUUGAACCUGAACCUUCAACGCUGUUACGGGCGACUUUUUCAGACUGGUUGGUGUAAAAGGCACGGUGGUUUCGAUCUGGCGAAUUAUGUUUUAUACUCUGCUGUGGAUGAUCCCUGUCAUGAUACAUCCACUGAGGAGUUGAAGCAUAAUCCCAGGUCUUGUUUUCAUAGUGAUGGCAAUAAUUCCUAUCGAUAAUAACAUUGUGCUCCAAGUUCUCGAAGCCGGACAAGGCAAGCAACAUGAGCACUUACGUCGCCAUGUUGCCAUGUGCAGUAUUAUCAUAACUAACCGAAACAACCAUAAAAAACUAUGAAUAUAAGCUUCAAGUUGUAAUCAAGAGCUCACAAGCCAGCAUUGGUUGAAAAUAAUCAGGAAAAAACUGGAUAAAACGACUUAUUCAGCCAUUUUCCACGUAACCAGCUUUGAGACUUCUCUUCUAAAUAUAUUCUAUCAAAUAAAUGUUGCCAAGAAACUGUGAUCAACUUCUCACAUAAUUUACAUUUGCUGGUUGAAUUGUCUGGUCAUUUAUCACAGUGGCAUCGAUGGAGGAAUGAGAGGACAUCAAUCUGAUUGGCUUGUAACGGUCAGUGAGUUUGAAAAAUUUGUUGUGUGGUCACUGCAGCCUCAGAUGUUCCUUGCAGAGUAAACACCAAACUGUAGGUCCUAACAUGGUAGCAUCUAGCAGCUGAUUACAGGGUACUUUAGAAUACUGUGUAUCCUACAUGAAACUGAUCUCAGUUACACCAUACAGGCUCAACACCAGGCUAAACAUUAGUCUUAUACAUGGAUACAUCCAUCCUUAUAUAUAUAUAUAUAUAUAUAUAUAUAUAUAUAUAUAUAUAUAUAUAUGGAUAUUAUUACAGUGUUUCAGCAUACCUUCAAACCUUCGAUCAGGGGUUUAAGUAUCCAAGCCUCAUCCCUGAAACUCAAGUAGAUGGGAGUUUCCAUCACUAGACGAUACUGGUCACUAACAAGAUUGUAACAGCAAGUGUUUUUAACUUCCUGCUUGCUGUUGGAAGAGUGUUUUCAUUGAAACACUCCACAGACGCAGCCUUAUUUGAGACUCUUAAGUAUGUUUUUCCAUCUAUACCACAACACGCGAAGACGUUUGGAUGUCCAAAUAUAACUUCUGCUACACGUAUAUGAAACCUAUGGUCUGUGCAGUCUUCCUCAAUACCUACACGGUCUCAGCUGGACUUGUAGCAUGCAACACCACAGCUCGACACACAGCAGCUGCUUUGUAACUCAAACUACGAAACUAAUGUCAACACCCGCCCUCACUUUGAGAAGGUGUGGGAUGUUUCAGUGUUGAUAUUGUGUCUGUAUAAAUGGUAUGACGCCAUCUGUUUGUAGGCUGGUCUGCUAUUUGUGCACUUGUGGAACACAAACCAAAGAAAGUCCAGCACUCAAAAUGAAAUGUAUUUGGUUUAAGGUGCUGAAGGAGAUGCUGUCCUAAUGAACUGCUCUUGAUUGGUUAAGUUUUACUUAAAAGGUACAGCACAUAAUGACA